AUGAAAGAAGCAUUGCCUAAGCAGAACUGGCGCAAAGAUAUUGUUAAUAUAAAUUUACUAUUAGUUUUGUAUAUACUUCAAGGUAUUACGAUCGGUAUCGCUAGCUGUAUCCCAUUAUUAUUAGCUAUCUAUGGUAGUCCAUGGAAAGAAUUGGGUACAUUUAGUUUUAGUUUUUGGCCCUUCAGUCUAAAACUAUUAUGGGCGCCGUUCAUUGAUUCAGUUU